AAACUAGGAGCACAUCCUAUAAUGAAAGAAGAACCAAGCCACUGGGCUGUUGCACAGACUCUUCAUUCUACAUGCAAAGCACAGUGUCUUCACUUGGUGGGAUUUUUCAAAUAGAAGUCCCUUCUGUGUUAAAGCCGAGUUGCUCACCCUUAAGGGUACUCAGGAGUUAAAUGCUAUCACUGAGAAUUGGCCCUGCCCAAAGACUGUUUUCUAGCCACAAGUGGGCUGAGCUUUGGGCAACAUUAAGCCUGGGAGAACUCUGAGUGUGGAGAAGCCAGCCCCAACGUGAGGAAGAGACACCUGCCGUGACCAACGCUUCAGUGGCUAUGGACUCCUCCAACUUUCCAAGGAAAAAAGUAGCUGUCAUUGGUGGUGGUCUGGUUGGAUCAUUAAAUGCAUGCUUCCUUGCAAAGAGAAAUUUCCAGGUUGAUGUUUAUGAAGCUAGGGAAGAUAUUCGAGUGGCUAAAUUUGCACGUGGAAGAAGCAUUAACUUGGCCCUUUCUUACAGAGGGCGACAAGCCUUGAAAGCCAUUGGCCUGGAAGAUCAGAUUGUAUCCCAAGGUGUUCCCAUGAGAGCAAGAAUGAUUCACUCUCUUUCUGGAAAAAAAUCUGCAAUUCCCUAUGGGACAAAGUCACAGUACAUUCUCUCUAUAAGCAGAGAAAAUUUAAACAAGGAUCUACUGAAUGCUGUUGAGAAAUACUCCAAUGCCAAGGUGCACUUUGGUCACAGGCUGUUGAAAUGUAAUCCUGAGGAAGGAAAACUCACAGUGCUUGGCCCUGAUAAUGUUCCAAAAGAUGUGACUUGUGACCUCACUGUAGGAUGUGAUGGAGCUUAUUCAACAGUCAGAAAUCACCUCAUGAAGAAACCCCGUUUUGAUUACAGUCAGAAAUACAUUCCCCAUGGGUACAUGGAAUUGACUAUUCCACCUAAGGAUGGGGAUUAUGCAAUGGAACCCAAUUAUCUGCAUAUUUGGCCUAGAAAUACCUUCAUGAUGAUUGCACUUCCCAACAUGAACAAAUCUUUCACGUGCACUUUGUUCAUGCCCUUUGAAGACUUUGAAAAGCUUCUCACCGGCACUGAUGUGCUUGACUUCUUCCAGAAGCACUUUCCAGAUUCCAUCCCUCUAAUUGGAGAGCAAGCCUUAGCGCAAGAUUACUUCCUACUGCCUGCUCAGCCCAUGAUAUCUGUAAAGUGCUCCUCUUUUCAUUUUAAAUCUCACUGUGUGCUGAUGGGAGAUGCAGCCCAUGCCAUUGUGCCAUUUUUUGGGCAAGGAAUGAAUGCGGGCUUUGAAGACUGCUUGGUAUUUGAUGAGUUAAUGGAAAAGUUCAAUAACGAUCUUAACAUCUGUCUUCCCGAAUUCUCAAGAUUUAGAAUUCCAGACGACCAUGCCAUUUCAGACCUAUCCAUGUAUAACUACAUAGAGAUGAGAGCACAUGUCAACUCCAGGUGGUUCCUUUUUCAAAAGAACAUAGAGAGAUUUCUUCAUGAUAUUAUGCCAUCCACUUUUAUUCCUCUCUAUACCAUGGUCACUUUUUCCAGAAUAAGAUAUCAUGAGGCAGUGCUGCGCUGGCAUUGGCAAAAAAAGGUGAUAAACAGGGGACUCUGUUUCUUUGGAUCACUGAUAGCCAUUGGUAGCUAUUACCUAUUUAUGCACUACAUGUCACUGAGACCACUGGACCACUUGAGAAGACCAGGGGACUGGAUCGCUUACAUCCGAAACACAGGGCGUGUUUGGCUGCCAUUUCUACAAGGCCACUAGAACAAAUUACAUUUAAUUACUAGUUGCUAUAAAUAUUCUGAAAUAGGACUGAUUUCUCUGUGAUGAAACUAAGGAUCAAAAUGUGUCUCCCCUACCCCUUUGUAUUUAAUUCAUUAUGGGAAGAUAAUUGUGAACCUAUGAUUAAAUUAAAAUGUACA